CUCAAAAAUUCUACAGUUUGCACCUCGCCGAACCUUUUAUAUGAGUUUCGUUUGCAACAUCAUCUAGAUCGAUAUGGGUACAGUAUUAUCGCUAGCCAAGCUUGCCUGGUCAGAUUUCCUAGAAAACCUAAGGAAGUACCAGCUGCUCAAAAAACGUCUGCAAACAUCCCCGGGCCUCCCUGUCCCAAAUCCGACCUUAUCAUUUUGGACAAUUCCACCAUCACCUCUGGUCCAAUGUGCACCUUCUAAACUCCCUAAUCAUGCCGAUUUCGUAGUCAUUGGAUCCGGAAUAACUGGAACCUCAUUGUGUCGAGCUUUACUGGACCAAUACCACAGCGAGGAGAACUUGGAGUCUGUCAAGGUAGUUAUGCUAGAAGCAAGAGACGUUUGCUCUGGAGCUACUGGAAGAAAUGGAGGUCAUAUCUCGCCACCUUUAUACCAUGAUUACAUCACUCUCAAAGAAGAACAUGGAGAGGAUAAUGCGAAAAAAAUGAUUAAAUUUCGACUUGCUCAUGUCGAAGAACUGGGGCACGUUGCUGAAGAGGAAGAUAUUUUGAAGGAAUCACAGUGGCGGGGAGUGGAGACUGUCGAUGUAUUUUACGACCAAAAUAUGUUUGACGAAGCUAAAUCCAAGUUACAAGUAUUUCGAGAAGCUAUGCCAGUGGAAUCUGAGCAUUAUAGAGCGUUGGAGUCUGAAGACGCUAAAAAGACGUUUAAGCUAGCGUCUGAUACUGUUGGAUGCAUAUCUACAUACGCAGGCGCUAUACAUCCUUACCGUUUUGUCACAGGCAUCUUAUCAAAGAUGAUUGUACGUUACUCAAAUAGUUUCUCACUAUGUACACAUACGCCAUGUACUUCUAUUGUGAGCCCCACAGCAACCACUCCGUUCUAUACUGUCAACACUCCAAGAGGGACCAUCACCACGCCCCACGUUAUACACGCUACCAAUGGCUGGAGCUCGUAUCUGCUGGAGCCGAUGAGGGCCAAGAUCAUUCCCGUUAGAGGAAACAUGUCCGCUCAGCGCCCUGGCCAGUCUCUUGACCCAUCAACAUUAUCCGGCCAACGCUCCUUCGUCUUCUACACCGGAACGGUCGGAUAUGACUAUCUCACGCAGUUACCCACGGGAGAGAAUGAACUGAUGCUCGGCGGUGGCUUUGCGCGAGCCGCAGAGGACAAUUUCAUCGAGGUUGGAAAUACAGACGACA